AUGGCGGGCCGGAGGAUGAUUCCUUGGCUAUACGACCUCGUCCUGUGGCUCUUUACCUGGGCCCUGGACCUCUUCUUCCGCGAGAUCUACCCCCGCGGAGCCUGGCGGGUCCCUGAAAAAGGUCCUGUAUUGAUCGUUGCUGCCCCCUCAUGCCAAUCAAUUUGUCGACUCAGCCAUCUUGAUGCAUCUGCUCAAGUCCCAGGCCCACCGGAGGGUCAGCUUUUGAUUGCUCAAAAAUCCAUGAACGAGCCUUAUAUCGGAACCCUUGCAUCUUGCAUGGGCGCGCUGCCAGUCGUUCGCUCUAUGGACUUGACCAAGCCGGGAAAAGGCACUAUUUAUCUCCCCGAUCCCGAAAAUGAUCCAGCCUUGGUCAAUGGGAUCGACACCGAUUUCACACAAUCUGAAUUUAUGAGUGGCGGCUCGCUCACCGUCAAAGGUCCUGACGGACCCCAGACUGCAUCGAUUGACGAGGUGAUCAGCUCAACUAGCCUUCGUCUUAAGAAGCCGUUUGCCUCGCCACUUUGCGAUGAUCCGGGUCGCAAGGGCCAGAGCUUCAAGAUAGCACCCCAUGUUGAUCAAAGUCAGAUGUUUGAUGCCGUUUACAAAGAGCUUUCUAAUGGAGGCUGCAUUGGCAUUUUCCCAGAGGGAGGUAGCCAUGACCGCUCGAACUUACUACCCCUCAAAGCCGGUGCUGCUUUGAUGUCGCUAGGUGCUCUGGCCCGCGAUCCAGACUGCGGCUUAUCAAUCGUGCCUUGCGGGAUGAAUUAUUUCCAUCCUCACAAAUUUCGGUCAAGAGGAGUCAUCGAAUUCGGACGCCCGAUUCACGUUCAUCCCGACCAAGUCGAAGCAUUCAAAGCCGGAGGGACUAGCAAACGUAAUGCCGUGGGAUCUCUCCUUGAAACCAUCUAUGAGGGUCUCGAGUCUGUCACCCAGAUUAGCCCUGACCAUGAAACACUUAUCCUGGUCCAAUCUACCAGGAAGCUUUACAAUCCCAUCAGCAAGAAAAUUCCCUUGCCGCUCGUUAUUGAGUUCAACAGGAGAUUACUCAAGGGUUACGAAGCAAACCAUGAUGACCCCCGCGUGAAAGCUCUCAGGAAAGCAGUGAAAGAGUAUAACAGACGCUUAGAAUCUCUCGGAAUCAAGGAUCAUCAGGUAGAAUGGGGCAAUAUUGAAGAGAAGCCUUGGUGGCUGACCCUUAUUACCUUGUUCUACCGCUUGUGCAAGCUUCUAGUAUUGAGCUUUGGAACGUUGCCAGGCGUUUUAUUGUUCUGGCCCGUCUUCGUCGCUACAAAAGUGAUUUCGGAGAAGAAAAGACGGCGGGCGCUGGCUGCGUCGGUAGUAAAGCUGGCCGCGCAUGAUGUUAUGGCCACCUGGAAGUUAUUGGUUGCCAUGGGAUUAGCGCCGACCCUUUAUGCUUACUAUACGAUCAUCGUCACUGCGUGGCUGCGAUACAACAGACAGGACGGCUAUUACUCGCAUUCUGUACCCGUCUGGAUGGUGGCGAGGACAUACGUGCCCGACGCAAUUCCUCUUUGGAUGUUUGCGAUGGGCUUUUAUGCCCACAUGGUUUUCGUCAGUUACGCCGCUCUUCGCUUCGGUGAAGUGGGAAUGGAUAUCAUCAAGAGUCUCCCGCCGCUUAUUGUGGCGCUGAAUCCGCUAUCCUCCACCUCGCUGACCAAGCUGAGAGAGCAUCGCGAAGCACUCUCGGAGCUAGUCACGGAGACUAUCAACGACCUUGGAUUCGGCAUUCUGCCAGACGUUGACGCUGAAAUUCCGUCUGAUACUUACAGGCCCGAUGCCUAUCAAUCCCGCCUGAAGAGCAUGCCACCGAGUGAACCCAGUAGUCGCGAGCCCAGCCGUAGCAGAUCAAAUGGCCGAGCUGGUGGUCCGCAGCUCAAGGGACUCAGUUCUAUCAACUCAAAGGGUGAUCUCGACUUGGAGCAUGUUGAUCGAAAGAUUCAGACACAGUUGAAGGGACGUGGAAGAAGAUCUAACACUACCGGUGCAUACGAGACGGGAGAGUCAAUUUUGAAAUACAAGAUGACCAGUGGGACAAAGGAGGAUAAGAAGAAGAGAUGA